ACAGUGGUGGUGGGAGUGAUGGAAGUAACUGGUCAUUACUUUCAUGGUAUAUGACCCUUCUUGCCAAGUACCCCGUGAUGACAAAAGCUGUUACAUCAGCAUUAUUAACUUUGGUUGGUGAUGUGAUCUGUCAGCUUGUGAUUGAUCAAGUACCAUCUCUGGACUUGAAGCGAACAUUUACUUUCACCCUGUUGGGGCUGGUUUUGGUCGGUCCUACAUUGCAUUUCUGGUAUCUGUAUUUGAGUAAUCUGGUCACAGCCCCUGGAGCUUCCGGUGCUUUCUUGCGGCUUUUCCUUGAUCAGUUUCUUUUCUCUCCCAUUUUUAUUGGAACUUUCCUAUCUACAUUGGUGACGCUUGAGGGAAGGCCAUCACAUGUAAUUCCAAAGCUAAAACAGGAGUGGUUCUCGUCAGUUGUUGCGAAUUGGCAACUCUGGAUACCUUUCCAGUUCCUCAAUUUUCGAUUCGUGCCGCAGCAGUUUCAGGUCCUUGCCGCCAAUUUUAUUGCCUUAAUAUGGAACGUCAUACUUUCCUAUAAAGCUCACAAAGAAGUUGUUGCGAAAUAGAUAUUAUGCAGACGGGUUCCAUCAGUGGUCAGCCAAUCCGCAAGACUUGGAAAGGCAACAUCAAACGAUCUCCAUGCAGUUUCAUUCAUGAUGAUUCUUUUACUGGCAUUAUAGAAUGCUCAGCUGUUCAUCGUUGCUUGCUGUUCAUUUUGAGCUUCCACUAUUCGUUAUCAAAUUUUCGGGGCAACAAAUAGUAGUCCUGCAAACACACAACAGGAUGGAAUAAUCGCAUAGAAAAGUAUAUUAGAAUACAUAUGAACAUGGUGAAGCCAGCUGAAAGAUUCUAUCUUUAAUAAAAUUCUGAUUACUCUGUAAAUCAAUUAAUUUCAAUUAUAUCUUUUGUUAUAAACUAAUCAAUCAAUCAUCAAAGAUUUUAGUCA